AUGGUGCUUCCCUCGCUCGCUCCGUCACCGCACAGCAACAGGUUUCAUGACGUCACCCAAGAUAGGGUUGAGGGAGCGAGUGUGGAAGAAAUAUUUGAAUGUGUGAACGAUUCCGUACCAGCUCCAACGGUGAGAGUGCUCGGCGAUGAAUUCUCCACGUUUGACCAAAAGCAUGAGCGCUCAAAUAAGACUUCUGACUCCAAUGUUGCUGGCCGGAGUAAACCUCUCAAUGGCAAGGGUGGCACCCUGCCUACGAGUGCAGAGGUUGAGAAGCCCUUCGAGAUAAAUAAACAUGCUGUUGGCAAUAUCAGUUCUGUUGUUGCUGUCGAUGAUGAUGAUCGUGCGUCAUCCAUUAAAUUCACUUUUGUCGAUGGUGAGUCAGUGUUGUCCAGGUCUCCAACCACGACAAGUAUUGUGUUUGAGGUUGAACCAUCCUCUAACAUGCGAGGCACAUCAGCCUCCUCUCUCCUGAGCCCCAAUCGUAGUAAGUUGUCUACCGACACCGCAGAUGGAGCACCCCUCAAUUCAUGUCGACCGGCAGAAGCGGUCCGUCAUGGCACACCCGCUUCAUCCGGGUUGGCAAAUGAGCGUCGCAGAGCUGGGAGCGCGACACCCAUCAAACGCUCUUCCGUGAAAUCUUGUUUUUUCGAGCAUGAAGUCCAAGAGCAACGUGGGCUCCGAGGUAACAGGUGCUCAUCUGCGUCGAGCCUUGACAGCAGACGAGGACCUGGCGGCAGGCACUCAUCGCGGAGCCGACGAAGCGGGAGUGGUAGUGUGACACCACUGAGUGGAAGAAGAGAAGGGAUACGCAGUGCCUCACGAACCGACGGUGGUCGUAGGAGUUACGGCUCGCAUCGAAGUGAAGGACGCUAUACGAAUUCCGAUGCGAGUAGUUAUUCUCGUGGUAGAGCGGGUGACUGGAAGCCAAGAUAUUAUAACAAUGAGCCACCUUCGUCUAACACGGGAAGUCGACGACCAAGCCCCCAUACGCAGCUCGAUACGCCACAUUCGCAACGUAGCAGAUGCCUUCUAGCAUCCCCUAGAUAUUCGGAUUUGACAGUGUCGCAGCACUAUCUGAUGGGAACGAAUCCUAACGUCUCCCAUGCUACCAGCCCUGCACUAGAGAUGUUUAAAGUGCACCGGUCGUCGUGCUCACCGAUGCGAGUGCGCCAAAAAAAGCGUCAGGAGUUACUAGCGAAAAUAGAGAAGGAACUUACGGCGGUACGUGACGAGAUGCAGUCACUCGACGUGGAGCUGGAGCAGGCAAUGUUGAGUGAUCCGCACGUGCGGUUGUAUCACAUGAACAAUCGGCGUGAUCGUGAUGAGCGUCGUUCCCGUUUGCUUCUUUACCUGAACCUAGAAAAUGCCAGAAACCAAUUGCUCAGUGAAGACGAUGAGACUGAGGAGCGGCGUCUCCGGCGGCGAAGGGAGGUGGAGCGGAAACGUAGUGAACUGUUUGAGCGGUUGCACCAACAGAGCUCCGCCCGACGUCAUAGUAGUCAGGGAAGUACGCCAAGGAGACGUAGGACACCUUCGUCGAGCUUCGAUGAUGGUUUACACGAGCGUCUGUACAGCGAUGCGGCAAAAUUUAGGGAAUGGCAUGAGGAACGACGUCAACGCGCUCGACAAGAAAGGGAACAGAUGGAACUGGAGGAACUCUUGUUUACCCGAGUUCUCCGGAAGGUGGGCCUUGAUAGCUCCGAACGCAUGCUCACGCCUCAGGAAGAGGAGGAAUGCGCCGCGGUAUUGUGUACCAAACUCCUCGAUGACCCAGAAAAGCUACAAGAAUAUAUUCGUCCGAAGCGACUAAAUAGGGAACAAGAGGAGUUGCUUAAUGCCCGCCUUGCGCGGCGUAGUGAAAUCAAUCUUAAUGCUAUACGCAACCAAAUGGAGGUAGCGCAGAUGGCUGAGUGCACUUUCAGGCCGCGGACAAACUCGCCUCAGAGUAGGAACCGCCAGGAGGCGAUUCUUAGCAUAAAUAAGCCUACGGCGGCGUCGAUUAGAAGGAGAAAGGCAAAUGUUGAGAGUGGAUCUUCAACGCGGCCACCUUCGCGUCGCGGCCACUCCAUUCCCAGAAAUCGAACGUGUGAGAAGCUUUACAAUUCUGCUAAGAAGAGUGAGGAUCGUCUCAGUGCCUUGAAAGUGUCGUCAGAGAGUAUGAAGAAACUUCAACUGUUAAAGAGUAAGCUAAAAGAAGACCAUCACUUCCGGCGCCGGGCUGAGUUGGAUCCGUCCUUGGCACAGAGGUACAUGGACUCGUUGGUUGUAUAG